AUGGCUGGAAUCCAGCUCAGCUUCAGCCUCCUCAUACUGCCAUACUACCAGCUGCUCGACGCAGCCGGGCCCAUCGACUACCUCGACCUGCACACGCAGAAGAUGCUCGGCCCAUCAUCACCUGACUGCUCGCUGCUCGAUUACCUCCUCAUCCCAGGCCCCGACCCCGUCGCACCGCUUCCCGAUGGGUGCCCCAAAUUUCUGGAGACGCGCUUCGACAGCCUCAAAGGCCUGCUCCUGAUCUUCACUGAGGGCAUGGCAAUCGCACAUACGGGCCUCUUGGACGGGUACGAGGUCUGCACGAACAAGGUCGCGAUCAAGACGGUCCACGAGAAGGGGUUGAUAUACAAGAAAGCACAGUGGGUUGGCGACAGGCGCUGGAUCCGCGAUGGGAAGAUUUAG